AGACCGCGCGGAGCGGAGCAGCUGCUGGUUCUUCCUCUCGGGUCCCGCCCCCCAAAAAAAGUACCGUUUCCCUCCUCUCACCUAACGGUUAUUGCAAACAUGGCCACCAGCUUCCUCAUGCAUGAAAAGAUCUGGUUUGACAAGUUCAAAUAUGAUGAUGCUGAGAAGAGAUACUAUGAACAGAAGAACGGUCCAGCUGCUAGCCCCUCCUGCCAGCAGGAGAACGGAGCCAGCACGAUCCUACGCGACAUUGCCAGAGCCAGGGAGAAUAUCCAGAAGUCGCUGGCCGGAAGUGUGAGCAGCACUUCCGCAGCAGGACCGGCUGGGGACCAAAGUGAGCUGGUCACCAGGAUCGCGACCCUGGAGGCAGAGAAUCAAAACCUUCGUUGUGUGGUUACAGACCUUCAGCUUGCCAUCUCCAGACUUGAGAACCGCCUGAGUCUUCUGGAAAAAUCAUCUACCUCUUAUCACCCUUCACCGCCACCACCAACACAGCAUGUCACUCCCAUGAAGAAGGUGGAGCCGCUGACCCAUUUAUCAAGGAAAGUUGAGCUGCCUUCUGCUUUGUCUACAAGGAAAGCAGAGACCUCCGCGGCAGUGGCUGCAGAUGAGGACGAUGACGACAUCGACCUGUUUGGUAGUGACGAGGAGGAGGAAGACCAGGAAGCUGCCAGAGUUCGGGAAGAGCGGCUCAAGCAGUAUGCAGAGAAGAAGUCCAAAAAACCUGGCCUGAUUGCCAAGUCUUCCAUCCUUUUGGAUGUCAAGCCAUGGGACGAUGAGACGGACAUGGCCAAGAUGGAGGAAUGUGUCAGAUCUGUCCAGAUGGAUGGUCUGGUUUGGGGAGCCUCCAAACUGGUCCCAGUGGGUUAUGGCAUCAAUAAACUCCAGAUCCAGUGUGUGGUGGAAGAUGACAAAGUUGGGACAGAUAUACUGGAGGAGGAGAUCACCAAGUUUGAAGAUUACGUGCAGAGUGUUGACAUAGCUGCUUUCAACAAGAUCUAACGGCAAACCUUUACACUUUCUAAAGCUAAUAAAAGGUCAAGAGUUGGA